UUUCGAUAUUGGAAUGCCUAUGUGUUCAACGGAUAUAGAAAAAAUAAUAAAAAUAAUAAUAAUAUUUAUGUUUAAUCUAACCCCAAUCCGUUAAGCAACUUAUUUUACGAGAUAAACUGCCACACCUUUCCGCUCAGGUAAAAAAAAACCGCCUCUCUUUUUCUCUCGCCAAGUAUUUGUGUGUGUGUGUGUGUGCGCGCGCGCGUGUGUGUGUCUGUCCCUGCCGCUCUCUAGAAUAGUUUUAUUUCCUGGUGAUCUGACGUCACAGUCCUCUCUCUCUUCUCCAGUGCCACGCUGACGUCACAAGCAACCAGCGACGCAGUGGACCGAACGUCGAAACAUGCCACCACCAACGGACAGGUAGACUCAGACGUCGACGUCUACCUCGGAUCCGAAGGCUGCAAAUCAGAAAACGGAGAUUCACCAACAGUUAAUGGUAUCAAAGGAGAGCCAGUCUCUCCUAAACCAAGCAAAUUAAGUAGUUUGUUGAAUGGUGAAGAAUCGUCGUCUCCGAUUCGUGUUAAACAAGAACAACUUUCACCAGAAGUAUCCUCUCCUACACCUGUCGAUCUAGUGAGUGUUCCUCUUCCACCGGUCACAACCGUGGUCACCCGACAGGUUAUUGACUCGAAUAAGAAUCGUGAAAUGCAAGCCGUGGGUGCCACUGUGGUCUCUUUGGGUGAUACCAGUCCAAAUCACACUUACGGUACACAAGUUUAUGCCAAUAUAUCUCAGUCUCCUUAUCCAGAUGGACUGACUGUACCUCAAUAUGGGGUGCUCACGAAUGUGGUUCCUGUUUCCAGUCCGUCGCCACCUCAGUACAGUAGUCAGAGUUCAAGAACUGUUUACACUUUGACACCGAGUGAUUGUUAUCGAGAUUAUUACUCCUCUUCCGAUCAGUAUCAGACUGUUCGACAGCAUCUCGCGUCUUAUUCCGAUCCUGCAGAUAAUACAUUCGUCGAUCGAUUCAUUCGCCAUAAUUCUAACUACAAAACUUCCCUUCAUGCCUUAGCUGUCGAUCUACAUUCACCUGAUAGUGGUAUAGGUGAUACGACCAUCACUCCAAGAGAUAGUAGCGGGCUUCCACAGAAUUUUGCACAAUAUAAAUCAAAAGAACCGAUAUCUACAGAAGAUAUCCCUGUAGCGAUCGUUCCAGCGAGCUCUAAUUCUUCAGAUCGCAUGACGGAAAUGCCCGAAGGGGAUGAAGGUUGGCGGGCAUAUUAUGAACAUCCUCUAACUGCGGCAACAACAGCAAUGCUUAAUAUCAACGGUGCCAACGAAGAACAAAAUAGCGGUAUGAGUUUAUUAUACGAAUAUUACAAACUUCCCGGUUUAGAAAAAGUCGACAAAUCAGAUCAAGAAAAAUACAGUCCCUUACCGGAUAUUUGGAGAGAGAAAACCACCAACGGACAGGUAGACUCAGACGUCGACGUCUACCUCGGAUCCGAAGGCUGCAAAUCAGAAAACGGAGAUUCACCAACAGUUAAUGGUAUCAAAGGAGAGCCAGUCUCUCCUAAACCAAGCAAAUUAAGUAGUUUGUUGAAUGGUGAAGAAUCGUCGUCUCCGAUUCGUGUUAAACAAGAACAACUUUCACCAGAAGUAUCCUCUCCUACACCUGUCGAUCUAGUGAGUGUUCCUCUUCCACCGGUCACAACCGUGGUCACCCGACAGGUUAUUGACUCGAAUAAGAAUCGUGAAAUGCAAGCCGUGGGUGCCACUGUGGUCUCUUUGGGUGAUACCAGUCCAAAUCACACUUACGGUACACAAGUUUAUGCCAAUAUAUCUCAGUCUCCUUAUCCAGAUGGACUGACUGUACCUCAAUACGGGGUGCUCACGAAUGUGGUUCCUGUUUCCAGUCCGUCGCCACCUCAGUACAGUAGUCAGAGUUCAAGAACUGUUUACACUUUGACACCGAGUGAUUGUUAUCGAGAUUAUUACUCCUCUUCCGAUCAGUAUCAGACUGUUCGACAGCAUCUCGCGUCUUAUUCCGAUCCUGCAGAUAAUACAUUCGUCGAUCGAUUCAUUCGCCAUAAUUCUAACUACAAAACUUCCCUUCAUGCCUUAGCUGUCGAUCUACAUUCACCUGAUAGUGGUAUAGGUGAUACGACCAUCACUCCAAGAGAUAGUAGCGGGCUUCCACAGAUUUUUGAAUAUAACGAAUUACCACAAACGCAAACCUUACUUCAUCCCAACGAUCCACAAACGACUCCAACAAUAAGAACUGGACAAACUCAAUCGAAUAGAAAAUCUUGGCACGAUUAUGGAAGAAAUUCCGAAACUGACAAAAUACAAAUUCCUAAACUCCAUUCGGAUACCGGUUUUCGAUAUUACUUGGAGUCUCCAAUUUCAACGAGCCAAAGGAGAGAAGAUGAUAGAAUAAGCUACAUCAACAAAGGUCAAUUCUAUGGCAUCACAGUCGAAUACAUACCAGAUCCCGACAAACCGCUGCGAUCUCCAACUGUGAAGUCGGUGGUGAUGUUAGUUUUUAGAGAAGAAAAAUCACACGAAGACGAAAACAAGGCUUGGCAAUUUUGGCACAGUAGACAACAUAGUGUUAAACAACGAAUAUUAGACGCGGAUACGAAGAAUAGUUCGGGAAUAAUUGGACAAAUUGAAGAAAUUACUCAUAAUGCCAUAGCUUUCUACUGGAAUCCAAUGGAAAGCCCAGCUAAGGUGAAUAUAGCAGUUCAGUGCCUAAGUACAGAUUUCAGCAAUCAAAAGGGCGUUAAGGGUCUUCCGCUUCAUUUACAAAUCGAUACUUUUGAUGAGUAUCGAGAAAACAGCACGCCAACCCAUCGAGGAUAUUGCCAAAUUAAAGUCUUCUGUGAUAAGGGAGCUGAAAGGAAAACCCGAGAUGAAGAAAGACGGGCAGCAAAGAGAAAGAUGUCAGCAACAGGAAGCGGGAGAAAGAAAAUCGAAGAAAUGUAUCAUCCACCCUGUGAUAGAUCAGAGUUUUAUUCUAUGAGUGAUUUAUUAAAACCUCCUGUUUUAUUUACUCCAACAGAAGAUCUUGAUAAAGUAACAAACAUGGAUUUAGGUUUUUAUGGAAAUCACACUCCUGUAACAGAAGACAGUAAUGGAGGAUUAGAUCAUCGAGAAACACCAGUGGAUGUUAGGUCAAAUGUCGAAAUAGCAUUACAAAGUUUACCCCCUGCUAAACGGAUUAAAACGUUUUCUAAUGAUAGAGUGAUGUUGUACGCAAGGCAGGAGACAGAAGACAUAUAUCACGCCCUGCAUUUAGUGCCUCCUACAUUGGUUGGUCUGUCCAUAGCGGUAAGUCUCAGAAAAAAUUUC